AUGUUGGAGGAAAAGAAGGCCCAAGGUUCUCCGAAAAAGAGCAAACCAUCAAAGAUCAACAGCAGCAACACCUGUAACCUCUCACCGGGUAAAACCAACCAAAUCUCAAACAGCAACAACGGCUUCAACCCUGCACACCGCUCGACGCAGUCUGGCCAUUCUCCUCUGACCUCUGACAUCAACAAGGCAUUCUCACCCAGCCUGUCAUGGUCCUGGCAAACAGUAGACGCCGAGAAGAGCGACGUAAGGAUACAUUUGAGCACAUCAGAACAACGGGAUUACACAGAAGAAACGCACGUUCGUCAACAGGCCUGCAGAAGCUUGGACUCCUCCUCAUUGGCUGCAGGGACCCUUCCUUUUGUGGUUCCUUAUGGCUGGACUGGUCCUUCUUCUGCUCGGCUUAAGAGUUUUCCAUUGCCAUCGGAGCGUUGUACCCCUUCUCCUGCAGCAGGGCCCCUACAGAGCCCCCUACUCGGUGGGCUCCCAGGCAGCUCUUUACUGAUUGGACAGCAAGCCGCAUGCUUGCGGCUGGCUCAACUGAAAGUCCACCUUGCGUUGACACAGAUAAAUAACGCCAUUGCUGUUGGCGGCCGAACCAACACACCUGCUCCGUUCAUACCCACGACACCCCCCUGCCCAACAGCUGCGGCUAUCAGUCUCCUUAACCUCCUAAAGAUUGCUAACACCAUGUCCCAUCCCCUUUAUAACCCCUAUGCCUCUGGGAAACAAAGUUCAACCCAGGGGCGGUAUGGACCCCCCAGUGUGCAGGCAGAGAGAGAUUCUCAUAGGACAUCUCCUCGUCUUGGACCUGGGGCUAGCUUCAGCUCUUCUGGAAUUUCAUCUGCGACUCCUGCCAAAUCUGGGGGAGCAGUCCCCUCAUUGGUAACUUUGCCAUUGAGCUACAGACCUGAACGGAGUAAGACUGCAAUGGAUGAGGAGAUAGAGAGAUCCAUAGACAUGCACAUUAGUAGAGCUAGAGAGGAGGUGAGGCAUCAACCUGUAGAAAAGAGCAGUCAUUUUACCAGCACUCAGAGAGAUGAGUUUCAUUCUUCAAGCAGAGACGUGACCUCUUAUCCAGUUCCCUCAACCUCUCAAAGACCUUCUGAUGUUGAAAGUAGCACUAGCUCCAUGGACUGGUUGAAAGGCUUCAAACAGGGAACUGAAGAUGAUUCUUCUAAAUAUUAUUCAUCAUCUGCUUCAUUGAGCUAUCAGAGAAGUGGUGACGGUAGGUUUAAUGCCUCCAGUGAAAGAGAGCGCAAUACACAAUCCAUUCCAGGUUUAGGUGAUUAUGAUGACUACACAGUGCCAGACAAACCUGUUGCCCCUAAAGAGUCCACUUGCCCCAAGUACACAUCAGAAACAGCUGUGAACAUCCUUAUGCACUUUGGACUUGAGAAAGAUGACCUGGAACAUCUAAUCUCUUACCCCGAAGAUCAGAUUACCCCUGAUAACCUGCCUUUCAUCUUACGGCAAAUCCGCAUGCAGAAGGCAAAGAGAUCUGCAACGACACUUCCAUCAAAAUCCUACUGUGAUCCUCAUCCCAGCAGUAUGAGUGGAAGGAAUAGGUUGAGUUCAUCGAGAGGGGAAGGGAUGCAUCAGGAUGAAAGGUCACCUAUUGUCCAACCAAGUAAAGUGAUUGACUAUGGACAUAUUGGAAAAUAUACUGGAGGGUUUGGGGAUGAGAUUGGAAAGAGCAGCAGCAGUAGAGCUGGUAGUGGGAGUGGAAGUGCGCUGCUGAUGGAUUCCUAUGAUGGUGGCGGCCAUAGUCGAGAACCACUGCAAAAAAGUACAACAGAGGUGAAAAACAGUGCCUUGGUUUCUUCACGUGAUCAGGGUGGCUCUUUUACUGGUUUCAGCUCAAUGCGAAGCAGCGAUCCACCUCAACGACUGCAGACCCAACCAAACCAGACUUCUCAAGAAAUCUUCAAAUCUUUCUCUCUGCCAAGCAAAGACACAGACAUAAGAUUUUUCAAGUCAGAAGUCAGUAAAUCCCUUCUUUUGAAAGAUUCAGAGCCAGGCCGCCAGUCAGCAUUGAAAAGCCAACUAUCUCCCAAUGUAGUCCAUGGAGUGCAUCCCAGCCGACCUGGCCUUGUACUCAUUGGCAGUAGCAGCGACAGUCAAGUUAAGGAUCAGAGUAAAACUCAAGAACAAGUCUCAAAUGUUGCUGAACAAAUGAACAAACAACAAAUGCAGCAGCAACAGCCAAAGCAGAUAAUACAACCACCACCACCAAAGCAGCAGCAGACACAGCAGCAGCAACUAAUACAGCAGCAGCAGACGCAGCAACGCAGCAGCAACAACUGCUAA